AUGUACAUGAGGUGCGGAGAUGUCGAGAGCGCAUGGUCUGUGUUCCGUGAGACGCUUGACAAGGAUGUCCGGACGUGGAGUGUCAUGAUCGCCGGACUGGCCAUCAAUGGGCUCCUCGGGGAUGCGCUGGCCUUGUUUGCUGAGAUGAAGAACACAGGGGUGGACCCAGAUUCCAUCACCAUGACCGCGGUGCUGAGCGCGUGCGCCCAUGCUGGCAUGGUGGAUGAGGGCAAGAGGUUCCUGGACUGUAUGCCUGUUGAAUAUCGUGUACAGCCCACCAUAGAGCAUUAUGGAUGCGUCGUCGAUUUGCUUGGUCGAGCAGGGCAGCUGGAGGAGGCAUUGGCUCUCAUUAAGGCUGUCCCUUUCCAGGCCGAUGUUGUCCUAUGGGGUGCUCUCUUGGUCGCCUGUAGGGUUCACAAGAAUGUCGACAUGGGGGAGAUGGCUGCCAUGGAGAUACUCAAGUUGGAUCCUCAGCAUGCUGGGGCAUGUGUGUUCUUAUCUAAUGUCUAUGCUGAUGUUGGGAAAUGGGACCUUGUACAACGGGCAAGGAGCUCAAUGAAAGAACAUGAGAUAUACAAAACUCCAGGAUCCAGCAUUGUUGAGCUGAAUGGUGUGGUUUACGAGUUCUUGUCCGGGGACCGUUCACAUCCUCAGACUGAUCGAAUAUAUGCAAUGCUUGAUGAGAUUUGCAAGACCUUAAGCCUCAAGGGCUACAAGCCUUUAACUAAAGAAGUCACCUUUGACGUUGAUGAGGAGGACAAAGAAGUUUGCAUCUCGCAGCACAGUGAGAAACUCGCGCUUGCCUUGAGACUCAUAAGCACGACAAGAGGGGCUGUCAUCCGCAUAGUGAAGAACCUGAGAAUCUGUGAGGAUUGUCACUCUGUCAUGAAGAUAGUCUCAGAGGUCUAUGAUCGGGUUAUAGUUGUCAGGGAUCGAAACCGAUUCCACCACUUCAAGAACGGCUCCUGUUCCUGCUUGGACUAUUGGUAG